AUGUCUCUUGGAAAUGUUUCUGCAAAAAUCAUUACUGAAUUUGUCAUAACUGGAUUUGAUACGGUUGAAAACCAGAUGGCUACUGGAGUUGCUAUGCUGAUUGUUUAUGUCUUGGUAAUGCUUGCUAACAUUGCAAAUAUAUGGUUCAUCAUUAUGGACAAACGUCUACACAAGCCAAUGUAUCUUUUCAUCUGCAAUCUGGCUGUUGUUGAUAUGGUAUACAGCACCAGUGCCUGUCCAACGAUGAUUGGUGUCCUGUUAGCAGGAUGUAAAACCAUAUCUUACCUGCCUUGUUUAGUACAAAUGUUUGUUUUCCAUUUAGGAGGUGUGAUGGAAAUGUUUGCCAUUGCUGCCAUGGCAUUUGAUCGCUUGAUUGCGGUGUGCAGUCCUUUACGCUAUCAUGUGAUUUUGACAAAUGUCCGCACUUUGCUAGUUAUAGUUCUUCUGUGGUUUGUGACUUCUGUGAUAGUGACUGUUAUGCCAGCCACUGUAAUUCCACUACCUUUUUGUCAGUCUUCUCUAAAAUACAUCCUGUGCGACUAUGCUGCUCUUAUCAGAGCAACUUGUGCAAGUCCGAAUUGGUAUUUUAACAUGAUAUCCAUUAUUACAUUCUUUCUGCUUUUUGGAACUUUUGGUUUUAUUUGCUUGUCCUAUUUCAGAAUAGUAAUUUCUAUUUUCAAAAUGUCCUCAAAGAAUGACAAGAAGAAAAUGUUCAAAACUUGUUUCAGUCACUUAAUUGUGAUUGUAUGCUACUAUUGCCCCUUAUUCAUUCGGAUUAUCUUGACCAGGAUGGGUGUGGUUUUGACCCUUGAGGAGCGUCAUGGGUUAAUGAUUGGAGCAAUUCUUGGUCCCAGUUUAGUAAAUCCUUUCAUUUACUGUUUUAGGACCACUGAGAUUAGGAACAAAAUUUUGAGAAUAGCACCAAACGUUGAACCAACCUAA